AUGUUAGUAAAAUGCGAAACAAAGAGCCAGAGAGUGAAAAGCAUCUCAUUUCAUCCCAAAAUAAACAUGAUCCUGGCCGGAUUACACAAUGGAAUAAUUCAGCUAUGGGAUUACAGAAUUGGAAUUUUAAUUGACAAAUUUGAAGAACACGAAGGUCCAGUAAGAGGUAUAGAUUUUCAUACAGUGCAGCCUCUUUUUGUUAGUGGUGCAGACGAUUAUUUAAUAAAAGUGUGGAAUAUACAUUUAAAAAAAUGUGUUUUCAAUUUGGUUGGUCAUUUAGAUUAUAUUAGAAAAGUACAGUUUCAUUUGAAUUAUCCAUGGAUUUUAUCUGCAUCUGAUGACCAAACAAUUCGGAUUUGGAAUUGGCAAAGUAGAGUCUGUAUAGCAAUAUUAACUGGUCAUAACCAUUAUGUAAUGUGUGCAGAAUUUCACCCCACCCAGGAUUUAAUAAUUUCAAGUAGUUUAGAUAAAACUUUACGAGUCUGGGAUAUCAAAUUGUUGAGAGAAAAAAAUGUCAUUUCCAAAAAUGAAAACAUUUUGAAUGAUUUUCCAUACGGAUUGGGAAAAACUGCACAAAAUUUAGACUUGUUCAAUUCCAGCACUGAAAAUGUGAUGAGUAUGUAUUCAUUCAUUUCGAAUGCGCAGAGUAUGCAGCAGCAGUUUCAGGAGCAACUACAUCAGCAACUACAUCAGCAAUUACAUCAGCAGCAACACCUGCAACAACACCAGCAGCAACAGAAUAAUAACAAUAUGUUCGGAGCUUCUGAUGCCAUUUGCAAAUUUGUGCUUGAGGGGCACGAAAAGGGAGUGAACUGUUGCACAUUUCACCACAAUUUACCAAUCAUCGCAUCUGGUUCAGAUGACAAGCUUGUCAAAUUAUGGAGAUAUAACGACAACAAAUGUUGGGAAUUAGACACGCUAAGAGGUCAUUUCAACAAUGUGUCAAGUUUAAUUUUUCAUCCAAAUAAUGAUGAUUUGCUAUUAUCAAAUAGUGAAGAUAGAACUAUUCGAAUUUGGGACAUAAGCAAAAGAACGUGCAUUCAUACUUUUAGAAGAGAAAAUGAUCGUUUUUGGAUUUUGUCUUUUAAACCAAAUUCAAAUUUAAUUGCAUCUGGUCAUGAUUCAGGUAUGGUUAUAUUCAAAUUUGAAAAAGAAAAAUGCCCAUUUGAUAAAUUCGAAAAUUUUCUCUAUUAUGUUAAAGAAAAACGUAUAUGUGCAUAUGAUGUGAAGAAAAAUAUACACAUUAAUAUAUGCCAAGUAAGGAAAAAUGGAAAUGCAAUGAUCUCUGGAUAUCACAAGUUAGUAUACAAUCAUUUCUGUACCACACAUAUUAUGAUUUUGUUUAUUUAUAAAGAAGAGGAAAAUUUCUCUUUUGAUCUCAUUAUAUGUGACAGAAUUGGUUCUGGUGUAUUAUCUAGGGAAUCUAUGAUGGGAGGAAUCAUUUCUUCUUCUUCUUCUUCGUGUACAACUCCUGCUGCUAUGUUUUCUGCUUCCACCGCACCAACAUCUGCUCAACCAUCUUUGAAUUUUUUUAAACCGUGGAUAAAAGGCUCAAGUGGGUCUAAAUCUGGAGUAACAAAAAAUGUAAAUGGCACUCCUCUUCCGAAUAAUAUUCCAAAUGCUAGAAAUGGAGAAUUUAAUCCUGAGAGCGUAAAGUAUUUAAUAAAAAAUAAACACUGUUGUAAUGUGGCAUUUUAUACACGAAAUAAAUAUAUCAUUGUAGAGAAAAGAAAUAAUAAUUACAUUUUGAGUGUACACAAUUUACCAGAUGACAAUGUAACAAAACGAAUAGAAGUACCGUUUAGAGUAGAAAGUUUGUAUCCACUUAGCAAUAACAAAAUUAUUAUUUUUUCAGAGAAUAAAAUAUAUCUAUAUGAUAUUAAUAUGAAGAAAAUUUUGAAUGAAAUGAAUCACACAGAUACAAUAAUUUCAGUGGAAGUACUUAAGGAGCACUACAUUGCCUUUGUAUUCAAGUAUAAUAUAGUUGUUACAACAAUCGAUUUGACUCAUUUAUCCACUGUUCAUGAAUAUAUUCGUGUUAAAAGUGGAGUUUGGGAUGAAGAAAAUAAAAGCGUCUUCAUAUACAACACACUCAGUCAUUUAAAAUACAUACUCGUAAAUGGAGAAAAAGGGUUAAUCAAAUGCAUGGAAGAACCAGUUUAUCUAUUUAAAAUUUACAAAAGUAUGUUAUAUUACAUAAAUAGAAAACAACAAGUACUUAGCGAACUUCUCAACAACACGGAAUACAUGUUCAAGUACUCCCUUGCAAAUAAUGACGAGAAAAGUGCAUAUCAUUACCUGAACAUGCACCAUCAGGAAGACAACACUGUUAUCACCACUACUGGCACUGACACUACUGCUACUUCCGGGAAUGCAAUCCAAAAUGAAGAACAGGAAAAGAAGAGAAAUAAAAAAAGGCUUUACUUUAGCUACAAUUUGAUAGGAUACAUUAAAAAAAAAGGAUAUGCGAAUUUAGCUGUUCAAAUGGUCAACAAUAAUCACACCCUUUUUAAUCUAUCCAUUCAAUUAGGGCACUUAUAUAAUGCUUUAACAGCAGCAAUAAAAAUUGAUAAAAAACAUAUAUGGAACAUACUCAGUACACAUGCAUUAUUACUAGGGAAUUAUGAAAUUGCAGAAUAUUCAUUACAAAGAAUUAAAGCAUACGAUAAAUUAUCUUUUCUUUAUUUUUUUAGUGGAAAUAUAGAAAAGUUAAAAAAAAUGUUAAAUAUAUCCAUCAUAAGAAAUGACUUUACAUCCAUCUUCUUAAAUUCCUUGUACUUAGGAGAUAUUCAACAAAGAAUAAAUAUAUUUAUUCAGCAAAAUCAAGUGAACUUAGCUCUCAUAUGUUCUCGUCUCUAUAACAUAUCCAUAAACGUGUCUGAAAAGCAGUUUGAUUUUGACAUAAAUGAGUGUACCUAUUGCCCAGAAAAAUCUUACUACCUUUCACCACCCAUACCGAUUGUUAAAAUUGACCCCAAUUCAAUCACAACACAGAAGAACCAUUCCUCUGUUACACCUAACUGCACUGAGAAGGCACAAUUGGGAAAAGAUGUCGAAGCUGAUACUCCAUCCAUCAUUACAAACACACAAAAAUCAGUGAAACAGCGGAAGCAGCAAUUGAAGCAACAAUGCAGAUGGGGAACGACUACUGCAUGGAAUGCAUCCUACAACUGGCCCGUUAUCAACCUCGAAAAAAAAAAUCAAUAUAUUGCUGAACCGAGUAACACGUCAUCUCAGGUGGCAAAAAAAAGAGAUAUGACCAAGUCAGAUGAAAAAAGCAACCCCUCAGAAGAAAAUGACGAUGCAUGGAAAGAUGAAGUAAAUGAUGAAGACAUUAUAAAUAUCGAUUUAGAUUUGGAUGAACAUAAAAAUAUACUUAACAAAAAUAUGAGCAGUUCGACAAUAUCCACGAAAAUAGAGAGAGCAGAAAAUGUGUAUGAAAAAUUGGCAAAAAAAUACGGGCGAAUUAUAGACCAUAUAAGGACAGGAAACAUCACAAAUGCAUUAACAUUAAUAUCAAAAAAAUAUGGAAUUGUUGAUAUGAAGCCAUUAAAAACAAUUAUAAAAAAUGUAUACAUUUCAACAUAUGCUUAUAUAACACCUAUUCCAAAUUUUGUUCAUUUAAAAAUUCCAAUAAAUACUAAUGAACAAACUAUGAAUAAUAAUAUGUACGUGAAUCAGCAUUUCCUUUUUAAUCAAAUUAAAAAAGCACACAAAUUAGUAACUUUGGGAAAAUUCCCCGCUGCAUUAAAUCUCUUUAGAAAUACACUAUAUCAUAUGAUAUUUAUAAUUACUAAUAAUAACGAAAAAGAAAUGAAUGAAUAUUUACACAUUUGUACGAGCUACAUUUUAGCCAUGCGUUUAGAAGAGGAAAGAAUUUCUACGUCUAAUCAGGACCCACGUAGGAGCUUAGAAUUAAUGGCAUAUUUCACGUGCUGUUCUCUGCAAAAUUCUCAUUUAUAUCUAGUCCUAAGAAGAGGGAUGGGCCUCGCCUGGAAGGCACAGAACUAUGUCACGGCUGGAUCGUUCGCUAAACGACUAAUAAAUGGAAACUAUGAAAACAUCAAAGGAUCAGAAGAAGAAAUAGUUAAAGCCAAAAAAAUUCUGCUAAUGUGUGAACAGAAAAGCACGGAACAGUACAACAUUGAUUAUGAUCCCAACGACUACAGCAACAUGAAAAUAUGCAGUGUUAGCUUAGCGAAAAUCAAACCAAAUGAAGAAAUUGUAACUUGUCCAUUUUGCCAAUCCAUUUCCAAACGAGAAUAUACUUCUCAAUUAUGCCCAAACUGUGUAAUUGCCCAGUUAGGAAUAAAGGCACUUGGAUUUGACUUCUUAAACAAGAACAUAUGA